AUGUCCGUCAUCGUCGGCGAACUCGCCGCCCUGCUCGGCUGCGCCCUCACCGGCACUUACAUCCUCUGGUCCGCCCUCGAGCGCAUCGCCCUCGUCGCCACCAGCCAGCCUCUCACUCCCUUGUCCCGCUACUCCUCCCUCGGCGCCGCCCUCGUCCUCCUCCCCGUCUUCACGGCCCUCCGCAAGAAGCACCACUACCUCAACGGCACGCGCCUCAACAACGGCUGCCAGCCCGCCGCCGUCUUCCCUCACCGCGACCCCGUCCUCGGCAUCGACUUCCUGCGCAGCUCCGUCAGCGCCCUCAAGGAGCACCGCCUGCUCGAGCUCUGGGACGCCGUCCUCGCCGCCCACAACGGCACCUGCUGGUACAAUGCCCUCGGCAGGUGGAUGCUCCUCACCUCGGAGCCGGACAACAUCAAGGCGAUGCUGUCGACGCACUUUGACGACUGGCCGAUGAAGUCGCUGCGCCAGCAGGUCAGCGUCCUGACGCUCGGCCCGCACGCCAUCUUCUCCGUCAACGGGCCCGAAUGGCAUCACGCGCGCGCCAUGAUCCGGCCGAGCUUCCUCAGGAAUCAGAUCGCCGACCUGGAGUGUACGGAUAGGCACGUCGACAACUUCUUGGCUCGACUGCCUCGGGACGGCGCCAGGUUUGAUGUCGACAGGCUGCUGUAUCACUUUACCAUGGACGUGUCCACCGACUUUAUGUUCGGAUACUCAACCUCCCUCCUCACAUCCCCCACAGAGGAAGCCCUCGAAUUCAUGACGGCCUUUGACUACAUCCUCACCACGUCCACCAACCGCGCCCGCCUCGGCUGGCUCGUCCUCCUCCGCCCGGACAGGCAGUUUGACGAAUACGUCAAGACGACGCAGCGCUUCGUCGACCACCACGUCUCCCAGGCGCUCGCCCAGGAAAAGGAAAAAGAGCGGCCGUACAUUUUCAUGAACGAAAUCAUCAAGUCGGGCGCUUCCCACCGCGAGGUCAGGGACCAGCUGUUCUCCCUCAUCCUGGGCGGGCGGGACACCAGUGCCAGCACGAUGGCCUCGCUGUUUUACGUCCUCGCCAGGAGGCCCGAUGUGCUGAGCAAGUUGAGGGAGGAAAUAGCCCAGCUAGAUGGCCGGAAGCCGACGUGGGAGGAGCUGAAGAAUCUCAAGUAUCUCAACAUGGUCCUGAAAGAGACACUCCGCCUCUACGCCCCCGUGGCAAGCAACAUGCGCACCGCCGAACGAGACACCAUCCUCCCCAGGGGCGGCGGCCCCGACGGCCAGAGCCCGCUCUUCGUCCCCAAGGGCACCGACUGCCGCUACUCGACCUACACCCUGCACCGCCGCAAGGACUUCUGGGGCCCAGACGCGGACGACUUUCGACCUGAGCGGUGGGAGACGCAUCGGCCUGGGUGGGAGUAUAUUCCCUUCAGUGGCGGUCCCCGGAUCUGCAUCGGCCAGCAAUUCGCCCUCACGCAGAUGCUCUACCUCAUGGCGAGGGUGCUGCAGACGUUCAAGGACAUUCAGCCCGGCAAUGACGAGCCGAUGCGGCAUCAGGUUGGGUCGACGCUCUCCAUGGUAGGCGGCUGCUGGAUCCGUCUGACUCCCGUUGAGGCGGAUUGA